UACUAAUACAUAAAAUGAACUGAUUCUUAAGAAUUCGUACGAAUUUACAUUCAGUGUAAAACAUUGUCAAAUUUUGUUAAUGCAAAAUUGUUACUUAAAGAAGAACCAGUCCAGUUCUGACCUUCAAAUAUUUUCCUACAGAAAUUAGUCAGUUUUAAACUAGCCAUGUGCCUAGAAUAAAUUAAAGUUUAAAAAGAUUGAACGAAUCUAGAUUUUGUUUAUUUGAAGGUUGAAUAUCCCAAACAGAACAUUAGUGAAUUUUAUUCAUUAUCAUUAAAGAAAAAAUAUUUGACGUCGCGCUUGAACGAUAGGUACCCUAGAUAUUUACAAAUUAAUGAAUGUCAUUUUAAUGGUGACAUUUUAUACCUUCACAACUUUAUAUACAUAUGUUUCUGGAAGCUUUGUUCCAGAAAGGAUUCUUGAUUUGAGGUAUCCGUCAAAUUAUGCUGAGGAUCAUUCCAAAGUGAUAUGUUCUGCAGAAGAAGUAUAUCCGAAACCUGAAUUAAGGCUGUACCUAAAUGGCAGCGAGAUUGAAAACACGACAAUUAGCAUCGAAGUGACGAACAAUGGCCUAUAUUCGAUAGAACUGGCGGCCAUUGUGGACAUUUUGCUGGAUGGGACAGAAGUUGUAUGCGAAUUGACCAUUAUUCAGGCCAAUUACACUGUCAAAAAGGAAGCAAUUUAUUACAAAGCAAGGACAGCUGCCAGUUAUGGCCACUCUUCACAAUUGACAUCUUCCAGCAUUCUGCAUAUCUGUCUUUUUUUAUUGUAUAAGAUAUUUUUCUAACAAAUAUUAUUUCAAACAUUGCUUUAAUGCACUUUUGUACGAAUUUUGAUAAGGCUGUAAGUAGAGUAUACAGAUACGUCUUUAGAUGUAGUAAUAUUUAUGGAUAGUUACAGUAAAUUAUGAGUUAUAAGUGAUAUAUUUUAUUUAUUUUAUAGCUAUGAAAGUUAGAUUACUAGGUUGGAUGUUAGUUAAAAAUAGUUAGUGGUUAGCCAAAGGAUAUUUUAUUGUACAAAAAAUAUUAAAGUGUACUUUCAUGAUUUAAUAUAUUUUUCUUGUAAUCGUUUGAGAAGAAAA